AUGGUUAACUAUUGUUGUGUGUACGGAUGUGGUAGGAACAGCAAAACCAGUAAACAUCUGUAUUACUACGGUUUACCAAAGGAGAGGAACCGGUUACUACAAUGGCUUGAAGCUAUAGGCCGCACAGACUUGCUCGAAAGAGACCAUAAGAAGCUGACACACAGAGUUUGUUCCCGCCAUUUCUCUCCCUCAAAUAUCAAAAACAAACAUCUAUGUGCUGAUGCUGUACCUACUUUAUGCCUCUCUAAUUAUACAAAUGAUGGAUCAAAUGAGUCUGAAACUCAGACAGCACAUGACAACAUAGUAUGCAACAGCUGCAACAAGUCCAUCCUUGGUUUCCGAUAUAAAUGCAUCACCUGUCCUGAUUACGAUCUCUGCUCCAAGUGUGAGAUGCUGGAAGCACAUGACCAGCAUUACUUGUUGAGGAUACCCAAGCCUGUUAAUUUUGCAGUAGCAGAUAAUCUAAUAAAAAAAUGGCGAAAGCUAAUCAAAAAAGAGAACAAUAAAUCUGGCAUAAAGACCGACAUAGAUUGCACUAGUAGCGAUGAUGAUGUACCCAUAACGAAAUAUGUGAAAAACUAUGACAGUGGAAUUGAGUUGACGGAAGAAGAAAAAUCAAAAAUCCGAGAUGAAGUUACUAGAGUACUAAAUAUUAAGAAUAUACACACAGAAGAUUUAGCCAAAGGCAAGCAGAAAGCGCUAAAAAGAAAAUUGCCACAGAAGAAGAGAAGAGAUAAGGAGUUUAAGGAAUUGGUUGAGAUUUGUGUUGGGGCAGAAGAAAUGGCUACUGUGUCUACGGUACCAGAAGUCUUCUUUGCAGAUGUCAAUGACAUUGCAACCAAUCAGAAUUUGGAUGUGAAAGAGGAAAUUGCUAAUACUCUUACGCCUUUAGUUGCAGAAACAGAUUCUCAAAUUGAACACAGUAUAAAGCUGAAUGAUGAACUGUCGGAGUUUCUGAUAGGAGUCAAGUAUCCUGGAACUUAA